AAUGACGAAUACAUAGUGGAAGAAGUGAUCAACAAACGCAUUCGCAACGGCGUUGUUGAAUAUUUCCUGAGGUGGAAAGGAUUCCCCGACUCCGAGAACACGUGGGAACCAGAAAACAAUUUAGAUUGCCCGGAAUUGAUCCAGGCAUACGAAUUGCGAGAAAAGAAGAUGAAUCUGAAAAGGAAACGUUAUGAAAACCAACUAUCCAAUGGUUUCGAUCGCGGUCUAGAACCUCAAGAAAUCCUCGGUGCGGUUCAUUCAAAGGAUGGUUCGAUGGAUUUGCUGAUCAAAUGGAAAGGCUGUGAAGAACCAGAUGUCGUAUCCGCCAGUAUAGUCAAGGAACGUUGUCCACAACUGGUCAUAAGACAUCAAAGCAAACUCUUAUAUUUACUUCAAGCUUCUGCAAUACACAAAUACGGUGACAUUGCAUACGUCUGUUAUUCGCCACCUGCAAUCAUGCUGAAGUUAGCAAAGUUGAAGUUGGAAAGUCAACUGUUAUCCGACUGA